GGCAUGCAUGGUGAAAACCACAUUUUAGUCGUAGUAAACGUAUACAAGAAAAUGAGCGGGGCCGGAAAGACAGUCUGCGUUACCGGAGCUUCUGGCUAUAUUGCUUCGAAUCUUGUCAAGCUUUUGCUUCAGCAAGGAUACUCUGUCAAAGCUUCUGUUCGCUCUCCAAACAAUACUGCAAAAGUAGGCCAUUUGCUGAAACUUGAUGGAGCUAAAGAAAGGCUUCACUUGUUCAAAGCAGACUUGCUCGAAGAUGGUUCCUUUGAUUCUGCCGUCAAUGAUUGUGAUGGUGUCUUCCAUACCGCUUCUCCUUUCCUCACUGGAACCGCAGAUCCGCAGAAAGAGUUGAUAGAACCGGCAUUGAAGGGAACACUUAACGUCCUUUGUUCUUGUUCAAAAGCUUCAUCGGUCAAAAGAGUGGUUGUGACAUCCUCCAUUGCUUCAGUUGCUUUUAAUACACGGCCUAAGAAUCCUGAAGUUGUAAUCGACGAGACAUGGUUUUCAGAUCCAGAAUUUUGCAAGGAAAUGAAAUGGUGGUAUGUGUUGUCAAAAACUUUGGCUGAAGAGGCUGCUUGGAAAUUUGCAGAAGAAAAGGGAAUGGACAUAGUCACCAUAAAUCCGGCAAUGGUUGUUGGUCCUCUUUUGCAGCCAACACUUAACACUAGUGCUGAAUCAAUUGUAAAUCUAUUAAAUGGUUCAGAAACAUAUCCAAACUCUAGUCUCGGGUGGGUUAACGUUAAGGAUGUUGCUAAGGCACAUAUCCAAGCUUUUGAGAUCCCCUCAGCUAAUGGAAGAUAUUGUUUAGUGGAGAGUGUUGUUCACUAUUCUGAGCUGAUUGAAAUACUACGAAAGCUUUACCCAUCUGUUCAACUUCCAGAGAAGUGUGCUGAUGACAAGCCUUUUGCUCCAACAUUCCAAGUUUCAAAAGAAAAGUCAAAGAGCUUGGGAAUUGACUACAUUCCUCUUGAGCAAAGCAUUAAAGAAACCGUUGAGAGCUUGAAGGAGAAGAACUUUUUGAAAUUGUGAUCGGUCAAUGUUAUCUCUUAUGAAAUAAAGUGUAACGGCUUUGCAUACGUAUCUACGGAGUAUAAGUAUGUUAGUAUGUAUGUAUAUGUCAGCGGUUGAUCAUGGUCUAUUUUAGUUAGAAUCAUUUCUUGUUGGCUA